AAGGAAAGAGACAAGCACAUCACAACAUACAAAAUGAUGGAACGCAUGAAUGUCACAGAGAGCUUCCAUGGAAUUGUUUUCCCUGGGCAUCUCCAUACUGAGAAGUCCUUACGCUUUGCCGAAGACUUCCACUUUGAGGACACUGAUAUUGUCAUCGCCACUUACCCUAAGUCAGGUACUACAUGGAUGCAGGAAAUCGUGACACUCAUCAGCAGUAAUGGGGACCCAUUUCCAGCACAAACCAUCCCAAACUGGGCCAGAGCACCAUGGCUGGAACAGUUUUACAGUAAAGAUGUACUGAAGGACAGACAGGGGAUCCGUAUUCUUACAACUCAUUUACCUUAUGAUAUACUGGCCAGUGCGCUGAAGAAAUCCAAGGCCAGGGUGAUUUAUAUUGCAAGAAAUCCAAAGGAUGUUGUUGUAUCAUUUUAUCACUUCCACAGAAUGGCAAACUUCUUGCCUGAUCCAGGGACCUUUGAUGAAUUUUUGGAAAAGUUCUUGCUUGGAACAGUACAUUUUGGUUCCUGGUUUGAACACAUUAAAGGAUGGCUGAGUCACAAAGAGGAGUUCAACUUUCUAUACAUCACUUAUGAAGAAAUGCAGCAGGAUCUAAGACAGUCAGUUGAACAUGUCUGCAAGUUCCUGGAUGUGCCACUGAGGCCAGAGGCUGUGGACAGUGUCCUGAAAUAUUGCAGCUUCUCAGCAAUGAGCAAAAAUGCGAUGGUGAACUACACUUUGAUUCCCACUGAAAUAAUGGAUCACCAGAAGGGCAAGUUUAUGAGGAAAGGUAAAACUGGAGACUGGAAAGAAUACUUCAGCGAUAAGCAGCUCUCCCUCUUUCAGAACAUUUUUGAGUAUGAAAUGCAAGGCCUAAGCAAAGACCUCCUCAUUCAUUUGAACUGAAGAUACUUUUCUCAACGAACUAUCGAAACUAGCGUAUCUGACUUUCUUGUAACCACUUUGUAAUACAACAAAACAUGCCAAGUGUGUUAUAAGAUCAGUUGAUUUUAUUUGUGCAGAGAUAGAACUCUUAUGGUGCAGGAAAUAAGAUUUUAUUGCAUUUUACAGUAGCAACCUAGUGUGGAUACUAGAAACAAACUGAAGUCCAUCUGAGCAUAAAUUGCUACUGGACCAAGAUGACAAAGAAAAGUAUAAAGAGGCACAUAACAGAUUUGUAGAGAGAACUAUGGAAAAUGCAUCCGUAUAUCAAAAUACAUACUAUAAAAUACACUUUAUGUGCUACCAUCAAGCUUGGAGAUUAGUACCCUUUGUUGAAUUAGCUGGAAAAAGUUGUUCUACCAUGGCAAUAACAAACCUAGCAUUCUUCGGGUAAAGUCCUGAAAUUGAUGGCCCUCGCUGAAGAGAUUUAUCCACCUAGUUCAUAAAGAGUGCACUGGAAAGAUUUUUGCAUGCUAUCAAUUACACAUACAUGUGGUUCAUUUUCCUUUAAUAAACAUAUCAGGUGCAUCUGAUAUUUAUGUUAGAACUGUUCCUCAGUUUUAGAAAUAAUGCAGUUGUGAUGCAUUUAAUUACAUGCAAGCAUGGACUGGUUUUAGUAUGUUUUUUAUCUGGGAAGCAAAUAACAUUUGGAUUUACUGUGCUACAGUAAAAUAUCUUUGCCUUAUCCUGUUAUGUCUGAAGCUGGCACUUUACUGUAACAAGGCAUCUUAACUAUGCAGUAUAUAUAUGCUAGACACAAGCUGUGGGACUAAGCUUGAAGUAAUCUGCUAGUCUGCAAAGAUGGCACAAGUUUUAUAACGUUCAUUUUCCCUUGUGCUGCUUAAAUUCUGUAAGCCAAAAAUUAGAAACAUCAAGAGAAAAAUAUAGUUCUUAUCUUACCCACAAGCACAGUCGGCUCUCUACUAAAGGUAAUUUUACCAUAUUCUUACAACAAUGGAGGUAUAGCAUUUCCUUGUAUGCAUACAAUUUAACUUAUUACACAUUCUGCACAUAUCUCUACUCUCUGCACUAUUUAUGAUGUUUGCCUGUUUUGCAAUUGCUCAAAACAUGUCCAACACUACAGACAUUCAGUUAGCCAAAGGCAUUCUAGCUUUUAGCAACGACUACUGCUCUGGCCUGACAAUCAUUAUGGAGGAAAACUCUUUUUCCUCCAGGUACAUGUAUCAUUUGUCACUUCCUGAGUGAUAUUCAUGUCUGAACUGUUAUUCUCAUUUUUCAAAAUCUCAUGUGUGAGAUAUCACAUCUUAGAUGCUUAUACAACUGCUUUAUGAUGUUUACUGUCCUCUGAUUAAAUGUUAUUACUGUUCUCACCAUGAAUCUUUUUUUUAAUAUUUUUAUAUGCAUUUCCCCAUCCACAGUGAGUAGCAUUGUUUCUUCGCUACAAGAGGUUAUCUGGUUUGAAUCUUGGCUAAGGUGCCUUCUGUGCAGAGUCUGCAUUGUCUUACCUGUACCUGUGAGGGUUUUCUUCAGAUACUCAAGUUUCCUCCCACCUCCCAAAGGCAUUCAGCAGUUAAACUGACAUUCACUCACUUGCCCAUAGGUGUGUGUAGUGUGCAUUUUGUGACAGACCAGCAUAAGGCUUAGAAUUGAUUUCAAUGCCUUGUACCCAGUAGCUGCCAGGAGUGCUUCUGAUGUCCCUAUGACCAUGUAAAGAAGAAAGUAAAUUAUCAGAAAUUGGAUGGAUGAAAGGAUUCCCCCUUUGUCAUCAUACUGAACAGGUUACUUACAAGUCACUAGUUUAACUCAAAUUACACUAUCUACCCUAAUCAUUUGUAUGAUGAUGCAACAAAUGGGCACCUCCUUGUCUUAGUGGAGGAACAUCACUUAGAGUCUCCACCUAUACAUUGUAGAAGAGGUUAUUCAAAUUUCUAAACACAAUCUGCAUACCUUCAUGAAGAGGGAUUCAUGGAUGGUGAUGGAGUCCACCAACAUCAGCAGUGGCAGACAAAAAUAAUCGAUCUACCACACAGAUCAAUUAACCACCAGAUAAAGUGAUUUUGCAGAGGACAAGCACCUCCUUCACCACGAAAGGGUGAAAAAAGUCCCUCACACACACUUAAAUGUGCUCACUCCAUGGAUACUCAGCCUCAGUUGGACAAAGUUUAAAUACUUUUGAAUGGGUAGCAGGUUUCUACACAAACUCAGAAAAAAUGAAGACGAACUUCAGUCAGAAUUCAGAAAAGUAAACUAAGACCAAAAAUCAAUAUACCCCUCACAGUAAAACCAAUAACUACCUCAAUAAAACCAAAAGAAUUAUAUUUUGAAGUUGUAUUUCAGCAAACUGCCUCAUAAAAAUACAGAUUUUCACAAAGAAAAACAAAAUUACAUAAAGAGAUUCAGUUAUACUAGGACCAGUGACACUGGAACCAAGAAACUGACAGAUUCCUGCACUGACCAUGCCAAAUGAGCUCAUGAGUAGCUGAUCUUUGGUGUAGUCUGUAAGAGGCUGAUUUAUAAAAAUUUGCCUAUAUGUAAAAUUUUCCAUACUGUCUUAACUUAUUCUGAGACAGAAAUACUAUAAAUUAGGGCUUAUGAUCAAGAAUAAGGUGCAUGACAUUGUGAAAAGCUUUUCUCCAGACAGUUGGCUAUAACUGCUAAUGAAUAAAUCUGUUUGUCAGUUUUACAGGUAGUGACUGGAAGGAAAAAUCUGUGAAAAGCAACUAUGCAGGCUUUGCUUACAGAUAACAGAUAUCACUACUUAGACAAGUACAGAUUAUCAAUGUCGCACCAUAAAGGCUGCAUUCAUCCCUCACUUUCAGAGUUUAAGGAUGGAUUAAAUGAGGGAUCCCAUGUACCCCAUCAAGACCUACUGUUUUUAUGUAGUACAUAUAUUUAAAAAUACUUUCACACAUUUCUUUUAUAUAACUGUGUCAUUUACUGGAUUUCAAAACUGCUCCUUCACAGAUCAGAAUUGCUGUUGCUAAUGUUGACAUGUAUACAUCACAACGUUGUUUUUGUGGCAUGGUGUAUUUUUGUAUUUGUUUUGAUAUUUGCCCUUAGGAAGUCAUUUUUGUAUAAGUAACGUAAGAAGUUCAGUAGAAAUUACAAUACUGACAUAUCAACUAAUUUGUUAAACUAUCAAAUUUAGGUAAUUAUAUGCUGUGAGGAUUUCAGCAGUCAGUUUUAGGAGCAUUCAACAUUCUAUUACAUUUAUAUUUUUAUUCAGAUUAAAAAAUACAGAAAAAAUGCCAAGUACCUUCAUGCACAACAGCGAAAAGAAGGUAACAUCUCAGACUGCACCGCCACCACUGAUGACCAUUAAUGGUUUAUUUUUUUAAAAUGCCUUUGUGCUUUAGGGGGUGCAUUUCCUUACCAUUUGCUGAGAUCACAAUGUCACUGGAGCUGUUUGCAAUUUUUGUCAUGAAAGAACUGGCAAUAUUAUAUUGGUAUAAUAUUUUCUUCCCAGCUCUAUGUAUGACCCUUUCAAAUGCUGCUAACUAAAGUACUACUAUAUGAAGUAGUUAUAUGGUACUCACCCCAUUAAAUAAGGUAUAACUGUGUUAAGCAGGAAUACAAGAUUGCUUAGCUGAAUACAGACUAAUUUUAACUGUAUAACUUUGGCAGCCAUUAAAGGAAGGUCUGUGAAAUAAAUAUGCACUUUGGUCACAAGAUAAUUUCUUUAUCAAGAUGAUUUUUACUUUUCUAACCAGAAAUAAUACUCUAGAAUGCACUGAUAUACCAUGUUUCUGCAUGUCAAUCCUAUUUAAAAGCUUAUAAAAACUGUUGAACUGUAUAAUAUACUGUACACCUAUUCAUUUGGAAAUCUUGAAGAAUGUUAUGCAUUUAUGAUCUAUAAUCUAACUGGCUUGCACAGGGGUGCAGUAGUUCAGGUUCUUGACACACAGUGUUAGUUUCUCUGUCUUGGGAUUCCUCACUCUGCAUUCAUGUAGGCCAUUCUUCAUGUGCACACACAGGUGCCCCAGUUUCCUCCCCCUUCCCCAUAGGCACUCUGCAGAUGGGCUAGUUGUUUGUCUUUCGGCUUUUUCCCAGUAAGGGGUCGCCACAGCGGAACUCCGGUCCGCUGAUUGGCAGUAGAUUUUUACGAAAUGCCGAGGUGCCAGCUCGACGCCCAACCUUCAA